UCAAUUAGAUUUGUGACGUGUGAAACUUCAAACUUGUUUUAUUGUCUGGAUUUAGGAGAUGAUGUACUAGCAUAUAUAUUGAAAUACUGACCUCAAUCACUGCAUUCUAACUGAGUUUGUGCAACAGACAUCACCAAAACUUGAUCCAAACAAUCCUUCAUUAUGAAGGUCGUGUUUCUCGUGUGUGUGUUGGCUGCGGUGGUGUACGGUGAGCAGUAUACGGAUAAAUAUGACAACAUCGACCUGGACGAGAUCCUUCAUAACGAAAAAAUCCUGCAAUCUUAUGUAAACUGCUGCCUGGACCAGGGCAAGUGUACACCUGACGGCAAGGAAUUGAAAUCGCACAUUAAGGAAGCUUUAGAAAACCGAUGUGCAAAAUGUACUGAUGCUCAGAAGAGAGGUACAGAGAAGGUCCUGAAGUUCCUCAUCAACCAUAAGCCAGACAUCUGGGACCAGCUCUGCAACAAAUUCGACCCCGAAGGAUUAUACAGGAAGAAGUACGAACAGGAGUACCAAUCCGCUAAACAAUAAAUAACUUAUUUCAUGAAAAUAAAGAAUUUCCUAAGAAUA